CAGGACGACCAACUAUGCGUGUGGGCGUUCACGGCCGAGUGGUAGUUUGCUUUACUCCUGCUGCUCGUCCAAUGGUCCAUGCAAUAUACUCUCUGGGUCCAUGGCAUACACUCGGGGAGGCAGAGAGCACAGAGGGAACCGAGAACUGGGUGCUCCUGGGCCUUGAUUGCCAGUAUUGACUUUGACAGCAGUUGGGUUAUGUUUUGACAUUGAAAGUAUUUAUUUGGGAUAACAUGGGUAGUAAGGUGCAGCAUUAUUGCCUAAAAUGGAACAAUUAUCAGACUCACAUUGCCGAUAUAUGCUUCCAGUCUCUGGAAGCGGGAUCUAUGGUUGAUGUUACUUUGUGUGCUGAGGGUCAAUGUAUCCACGCUCAUCGUAUUGUUUUGUCAGCUUGUAGUACAUAUUUUCAGAACAUUCUGUCAAAUUCAAUGGAAGUUCAUCCAUACAUCAUACUCAGUGAUAUGAGUUACGAAGAUAUUAAAUGCAUCAUAGAAUUUGUUUAUCGUGGUGAAAUUAGUCUUACUGCAGAUCGCUUCACCUCUGUGCUGAAGACAGCAGAAGAUUUGCGUAUAAGUGGAUUAAUGGAGGUUGGUAAUUAUUGGCCAGAUGUAAGCAGUGAAGACAGCAAAGCAAUGACAUGGGAAGUCUGGGAUGCAGUUGAAGAACCAAUGGAUACAUGUACUGAUUCUCCAAGUGUUAGUGUUUAUGUUGACCAAUCUGAUGGUUCUCUCCAGGCUCCUCUUAUUGAUGCAGUAACUGUGCAAGAUCCAGUUGAAGUGCUAGUCAUUACUGAGAAAGAUCCUGUUCCAGGUAAGCCAAGGAAACGAAAGAGAGAUCCUUCAAAAAAAGAUUACACUGAAGAAACUUUGACAGCUGCUCUUCAAGAUUUGAAAUCUGGGAGGUCUUUAUUAGAAACCUCAGCUGCUCAUCACAUACCUCGUUCAACUUUGUACGUACGAGCACGAAGUCAGAGCAUUCCAAUUGUACCAUCCAGGCAGGAUCACCCAAGGGAGAAGAUUCAAGCAGCUGUGCAAGCUGUUUCUGAAGGCGCCAGUUUACAGCAGGCAUCAAAAUUGUUCAAAAUACCAAAGACUGUUUUAUGGCGACGGGUUCAAAAAGAAGUGGGGAAUUAUUCUGGGAAUAAACGUGGCAAACCUCGAGAGUCAUACGGUUUUGAAAAAAAGAGGGCAGCUAUAAUGGCUUUGGAGAGGGGAGAGAAGUUAUCAAAAGUAUCUUCUCAGUACCAGAUUCCUAGAGCUACCCUGUCAAGGGAAAAAACUCGACUUGUUGAGUCAGGCAGGUUACCCUGGACAAGUCGGAAGAAACGCCAGUCUGAACCAAAUGACUAUAAAGAACUACGCCUCAAUGAAGCAGUCGCUGCAUGUAGAGAAGGAAAAAUGUCACAAGCAUGUGCUUCUCAAAGGUUUCAGGUUCCAAAAACAACAAUUUGGAGAAGAUUAAAAGAUGUUCGAACUGCAGAAAACACCCCUUCUAUUGUUCGGGAGAAAACUGAUGGAAAUGUUCAAGCUCGUGCAUCCCAUGAAAAUGUUUGUCCUGUAUCUCAACUUCAAGAGCAGCAAGUGUUCUCAUUUUCUGAAGUGUCAUCUCAUAUUCCUGUUACAUACAUGGAUGAAUCAAAUUUUACAGACUCCUCUUUGAUUAUUCUCACAUCAAAUCCAGAAAGCGAAAUUGCCUUGCAAGAGAACAGUCAGCUUAUAAUAGGAUCGGAUGUUCCUUCUAAUUGUACUGAAGCAAGAGACUGUCAAGGAGUUGCUCGUUGCCAAAUGUCAGAAAAUUCAGAGUAUGCAGCAAAGUGUCCAUAAAACAUACUUUAAAUCCUACAUACUUGUUCAUAAAAAUACCAUAUAUUCCUAAAAUUAAUGAGAUAAAGUUAAAAGGAAAGCAUGAAGUUCAUCUUAAAAUAGACGAAUCUUGAGAACAGGAAGAAGUAAAUAUGAAGAAAUAUUUUCGAUUAAUUCUGUGUCUCAAUGUUUCCAUUUCUCUAUAAAUCCUUGUAGAUUUUGUAUCAUAGUAUUUGUAUUUAAUUGUAUGUUAUUGCUGGUCAUGUUUUUGCAGAUGUGAAAUAAUAUAUCUUAUUGAUUGGUUUUGAUUGAGGACUAGGUCUUCCAUCCAAUUUUGUAGAGAAUUGGUUUCACUUCGUUAAUGUGCAUCAUUAAGUAUUUACAUGUCACACACCCACUCACUCACUCUUUCUGUCAUAUAUAUAUGUACCUAAUUUACACAAUUCAAUUGCUUUUUUAUUUCAGGAAUAUUUUUUCUUUGUAAACAAAUAUAUUUAUUUCUUUUGUAAAUAAUAAACAAUUUACAUGUUUCUGAAGUAUUUAUGUGUAAAUACUCUGAAAUGCAAAUUUGAAAUAGAAAGUGUUUUUUCAAACCAACUUUAGGAGUGCUUAUUGCAGCUCAACCAUUCAAAAUAUCGAAAGAGUAUAGACAAAAUACGCUUAAAAUUGAUUUAAUAGCUAAUUUUUAGUUUUGUUCUUUCCUCCCUAGACACCUGUAUGUAUGUAUGUGUGUGUGUAUUUAUAUAUAUAUACAUACAUACAUAUACAUUUAUAUUG